AUGGGCAUCACCCACCUGUCCGGGACACCUGGCAGACUCGCCCACCCGUCCCAGAAACCUGGAGGGAGGCCGCGCCUGCCCGACCCGGUGACACCUGGCGGGCCACGCCAGCCCGUCCAGGGACACCUGGCGGGCUGUGCCCGCCCCGUCCCGGGACACCUGGCGGGCCUUGCCCACACGUCACGGGACACCUGGCGGCUUCGCCCGCCUGUCCCGGGUGGGGGACACCUGGCGGCUCGCCCGCCCGUCCCAGGACACCUGGCCGACUUGCCCACGUCACGGGACACCUGGCGGCUUCGCCCGCCGGUCCCGGGACACCUAGCGGGCCGUCUCGCCCGCCCAUCCCGGGAUGCCUGGCGGGCCGCGCCAGCCGUCCCUGGGACGCCUGGAAGGCCGCGCCUGCCCGACCCUGGACACCUGGCGGGCCACGCCAGCCCGUCCAGGGACACCUGGCGGGCUGUGCCCGCCCAUCCCAGUCACCUGGCGGGCCUUGCCCACCCGUCCCGGGACACCUGGCGGGCCUCGCCCGCCCGUCCCGGGACACCUGGCGGGCCUCGCCCGCCCGUCCCGGGACACCUGGCGAACCUUGCCCACCCGUCACGGGACACCUGGCGGGCUUCACCCGCCCGUCCCGGGACACCUAGCGGGCCUCGCCCGCCCGUCCCGGGACGCCUGGCGGGCCGCGCCAGCCCGUCCCGGGACGCCUGGAAGGCCGCCGCGCUUGCCCGUCCCGGGACGCCUGGCGGCCUCUGCCCGCCCGCCUCCCUGGGACGCCUGGCGGGCCUCGCUCACCCAGUUCCCGAGAAACUUGGCGGGCCCGCUGACCAGUCCCAAGACACCUGGGGGGCCUCACCUGCCCCUUCCCGGAACCCGGACGCCCACUACAGGUUCUGGGAAGGGGCAUGGAGGCCCCCGCCAGGUGUCCCGGGACGGGUGGGCGAGGCCUCGCCCACACCGUCCCCGGGAGCCUGGCGAGCCUCUGCCCGCCCAUCCCCCCCCGGGAGGCCUGGCGGGCCUCUGCCCGCCCGUCCCAGGGACGCCUGGCGGGCCUCUGCCCGCCCGUCCCAGGGACGCCUGGCGGGCCUCUGCCCGCCCGUCCCCGGGACGCCUGACUCGCCCGUCCCCGGGGACGCCCGGCGGGCCUCUGCCGGCCCGUCCCAGGGACUCUGCCCGCCCGUCCCCGGGACGCCUGCCUCGCCCAUCCCGCCCCCGUGGGACUCCUGGCGGGCCUCUGCUGCCCGUCCCCGGGACGCCUGGCGGGCCACUGCCCGCCCAUCCCCGGGACGCCUGGCGGGGAAGCCUGGCGGGCCGCUGCCCGACAGUCCCCGGGAGGCCUGGCGGGCCUCUGCCGUCCCGUCCCCAGGGACGCCUGGCGGGCCGUCCCCCCGGGACGCCUGGCGGGCCCUGCCCGCCCGUCCCCAGGAGGGGGCGGCCCCCCCCCGGGGACGCCGGCGGGCCGCCCUGGGGCGCUCGGGGGUCCCCGCCCGGGGGGUCGGGCCCUGCCCCCCGUCCCCGGGAGCCUGGGGGCCCUGCCCGCCCUCCCGGGGCGCCUGGCCCGGGCGUGCUGCCCCGCCCGUCCCCGUGCCCGCCUGGCCGGGCCGCUGCCCGGGCCGACCGUCCCCGGGACGCCUGGCGGGCCUCGGCCCGCCGGCCACGUCCCCGGUGGACCCGCCUGGGCGGGCCCUUGCCCCUCCGGGUCCCCGGGACGCCUUGGCGUGGCCCCUGCGCCCUAAGGCCAGGGGCCCGCGGCCUGGCGGGGGUCCCGCCCUGGCCCGCCUGCCCCAGGAAGGCCGGCGGCCGGCCCUGCCGGGACAGUCCCCGGGAGGCCUGGCGCCCGCCCUCCCCGUCCCCGGGACGCCCUGGCGCGCUGACCCGCCCGUCCCCGGGACGCCUGGCGGGUGGCCUCUGCCCGCCCAGUCCCCGGGACCCCUGGGCGGGCCGGCUGCCCGCCCGUCCCCGGGACGCCUGGCGUGCCUCCUGCCCGCCCGUACCCCGUGCUCCUGGGGCGCCUCCCCUGCGCCCGUUCCCCAGGGGCGGCCUGGCCCGUAG